UUUAAAUAUUGGAGCCCAUAUCCUCUGCUGUCCAAGAAAGACGCCCUAUAUAAAACACAAGGUUCACCGUUUCAGCCAAAAACCCUACGUCUCGGCCGCUGCUGCAGGUUGAAGUUUUAAAGGCGGAGUUUUGAGCAAUGGCGCCUAAAGCUGACAGCACGAAGAAGUCUGACCCAAAGGCUCAGGCGGCUAAGACUGCGAAGGCAGUUAAGUCAGGGCCAACAUUUAAGAAGAAGGCAAAGAAGAUCCGGACAUCAGUCACAUUCCAUCGUCCAAGGACACUAAAGAAGGAAAGGAACCCCAAGUACCCUCGUAUCAGUGCACCACCAAGGCAUAAGUUGGACCAUUAUCAGAUUCUCAAGUACCCAUUGACCACCGAGUCUGCAAUGAAGAAGAUUGAGGAUAACAACACCCUGGUUUUCAUUGUUGACAUUCGUGCUGACAAGAAGAAGAUCAAGGAUGCAGUGAAGAAGAUGUACGACAUUCAGACCAAGAAAGUCAACACUUUGAUCAGGCCUGAUGGAACGAAGAAGGCAUAUGUUAGGUUAACACCUGAUUAUGAUGCCUUAGAUGUUGCCAACAAGAUUGGAAUCAUCUAAGCUUAGUGUAGCUUCUGUUUGUUUUGAGCGAGUUAUUCUUUUCUUACUGUGACAGUUUUGUUAGGAGGAAGGCACCAUGUUAGAACUCCUAUUUUGUUUUGGUUUCUAUUAAUAUGUAUCGGGAAAUUUUCUGUUUUCAACUUGGCCAGUUCAAUAUGGAUUAGGAUUUAUGUCGUGUUA